AAUAAUCUGUUUUUUUUUGCAGAAUAAUGCCACCUGCCCUACACGAACUGUUAAACCGAUCAAUCGAGCUGAUCGGCUCAUUAGCUCUUGAGGAUUUAGACCCUAGUUGGGUUCAACAAGUCUGGGAUUCCGAGUUCACACAAAAAUUUGACAUACCUGUUCAUUACGAGGAAACAAUUGAAGAAUCUCACAUCCUUAAAAUCGUUCAAAGGUUGACAAAAUGUUGCGAGGAAUACAUGGUUGCCCUGGAAGGACCAGAUCCAAUUUUAUCAGAUUCAGUGGGAGAAACAAGUCCUGGAGCCAGUUUAUCUUUUGCUAAGAAAUCAUUUUGGUCUGAACUCAUAGAUCAGAAUGUAAAAUACUCACAUCUCAUUGCUUUGCUGAGUCAUUAUAUAGAGGCUGGAACUGAGGCAGCCUCUGGGCCUCAUUUGUUGAAACUUGGGCUUACAUGUGCCGGAUUAUAUGUAUCGCUGAUUACACUGCCUGGUAGCGGACCUUACAAAAUAUUUCAUCCGGUUAUUUACAGCAAAGCUUUGCAGACUUUACAAAUUAUUAAGAAGAUUCCAGCUUUACACGGACUGCCAAGAAGAAGUAGUGCAACCUCUAGUCAACAAGCAUCCCAGGGCCGCAAGAAUCAGAAAAAGUCUUCAUCCCAAAGAUCAAGCCAACGUCAGUGUCAGAACGAGGAUGAAGAUGAGGAAGAAGAAGGACUAGAGUUAAGUUUAGAGGAUCAGGAUACGCUCAUCGUUCUUUUGCUACAGCUGGUGACUGCUGUUGAAAAACUGUUGGAGUACUCUAGUAUGAAGAGAAGCAUGGAGUCCCUGGAGCUCACUAUCCGGACCCUUCUCAACCUGGUUCGUCUAGAGACAUCCACAGUGCUAAAUUUGACAGUGAGGUCUAGAUACAGAGAAGCAACACAAGCUUUGGCGUACAGUUCUCUGCUGGCCUUACUUCAAAUUCCAACAUUAAAGCAGUUGCAUGGAGAUGUUAACGAAUGCUCUUCUCUUUUGUUUAACGGUAUUUAAUAUUUAUUCUACUUAG